GUGCUACAAAAGAAUUAGGCAUGCUUGCAAUCCAUUUAUUCUCAAUUUGUAUUAAUUCUGCAUCAUGUGUGUGUCUAUUUUUAACAAUGGGCUUUUUUCACAACUCACGAUGCACCAGAUUACCGCUUGAUAAAGUUUUUUCAAUGGCACAAAUGCGAGCCGAAAUUAAGUAUAAAUGUACAACUGAAGCAGCAAAAUCUCUAGAGCAAAAUAUAUUAGCAAACAUAAAUAUUAUAUAUAGUUCUGAUGAUCAUAGAUACAAACAACCAAAUUCUCAUGAUAUUGAACAAAAAAGUUCUGAUGUUAUAGAUUUAGAAAGUUCUGAUGUUAUAGAUUUAGAAAGUUCUGACGUUAUAGAAUUAGAAACUAACGAAAAUGAAGAAAUGAUUAUUGAAGAUGAUUCUGAAUCAAAAGAAAGUAUAGAAAAACAUAAAAAUUUGUUUGGAAUGGAUGAAUUGAAAGAAACAGAGGAAACAGAAGAUUUAUCUUUUAACAAAUUAUUAAUAGAUUUGAAACAUCCUGCAGAUGAUGUCAUGGAAAAAUGGAAACUUGCCAAUUUAUUUGAUUUUGAAUUUUCAACACCCUUAUCCAUAAAAAAUCUGAUGAAAAUUCAAGAUGAUUCAAAAUAA